AUGGCCGCUGCAAACGCACCCAAAACGUCCUGGGCAGACGAUGUCGAUGAGUUCGAGACCCCUCCCAAGGGCGAGGACUACACAGAUGAGAACGGCAUCCGUACCACCGUGGAGUACACCAUUAAUGAUGACGGAAAGAAGAUCACGAGGAAGAUCAAGCGCGUACUCCAGAAGGCAGUGGUAGACCACAGCGUGGCUGAGCGGAAAACAUGGGCCAAGUUCGGGUUGGAGAAGGGGAGCAAGCCCGGCCCCGAUCGCGCAACGACGACCGUAGGAGAGAACGUCUACUUGAAACUGAGCGCGGGCAACAAGUCCUCUGAGCCGGAACAGUCUGCGGAGCAAUCCGUCAAGGCAAGCCUCGCGAAGGCGGGUGCUGGAAAGGUUGUCUGUCGGUUGUGUAAGGGCGACCAUUUCACCGCAAAAUGUCCCUACAAGGACUCCCUCUCUGGUCUCGACGGCACCGACACCCCUCCCGCCGGCGGAGACGACACCGGCGCGCCCGCCGAGUCUUCUGCGGCCGCCCCCGCUUCCAGCAUCGGCGGCAAGUACGUCCCCCCAUCAAUGCGCGGUGGCGGACGUGGACCCGGAGAAGCGAUGGGCCGCCCAGGCGGCAACCGAGACGACCUCCCGACCCUCCGUGUUACGAACAUCUCGGAAGACACGCAGGAGAACGACCUGCGCGACCUCUUCGGUGUGUUCGGGCGUGUCGCGCGUGUGUAUGUGGGUCGCGACCGCGAGACGGGCGCCGGCAAGGGCUUCGCAUUCGUCAGCUUCGAGGAGAAGUCGUCGGCGCAGAAGGCGAUGGAGAAGAUGCACGGUCGUGGGUACGACAACCUCAUCCUGAGCGUCCAGUGGUCACAACCAAGGGAGCAGCGGUAG